AUGGCCCACAACAGAAACAAGCGCGGCAGUGAUCACGAUGAUGAUGACGAUUACAAACCCUCACCCCCGAAACGACGCCGCUCACAGCGCGUUUUGACACGCACGCCUAGUGGGCAAUUGAUCUCCAAGCCGCCUGCCUCGGGACCUCCCAAACCAUUCGAUCGAGACCAACUAGCCUACACCGCCAGAGAAACCAUCCGCCUUCUUCCUGGACUACUCAUUACGCGUCCCGACGCAAAACCAGACGGCUUCCUCUGCCAAAAGCACCAGGUUGGCCCGCUGGAUCAGACCUUCUGCCCGAGACUCCCCAAGACCAAAGUCCGCGUGAUCAACAGCGACACCAUCGAGGCUGCUCUGCAAAUAUCCCGCCGCUCAUCAGACAAGCCCAUCUGUGUUCUCAACAUGGCCAACGCGAUCCACGCCGGAGGAGGGUUCCGAAAGGGUGCGCUGGCACAGGAAGAGGCGCUCUGCUACCGAACGUCGCUCAGCUAUUCGCUCAAAAUCCGCCACUACCCUAUUCCCGACAAGGCCGCCAUCUAUUCGCCCACGAUCCUCGUCAUCAGAGACAGUCUGGCCAACGGUCAUGGUGUGCUGGACGCCCGCGACCCGAGUCGACUGCCUGUCAUCAGCGUGGUCUCGGCUGCGGCGAUCCACAAACCCAAGACGAAGGUGCUGGCCAAUGCCAACCUACCGCCUGCGAUGUCGGCCGUCUAUACCAGUGCCGGUGAUCGGGAACUGAUGCGGGAGAAGAUGCGCAUCGUCCUUCGCACUGCCAUCCGGAAUCGACAUCGCAAGAUCGUGCUGGGUGCGUUCGGUUGCGGUGCGUUCGCCAAUCCGCUGAAGGAGGUGGGCGAUCUUUGGGUCUCGGUGUUGAAGGAUUUCGAGUUUGCAGGGGGUUGGUGGGAGGAGGUCAUCUUUGCGGUGCUCAGCAGUCCUAAGGACCCGAACUUCGACUGGUACCAUAAGGUCUUGCAUGGGUUGGAGGUUUAA